ACACACUCUUACACUGCCUGUGCAGAAGUCAGCUGAUGGAACACGUUGUGGGUCAGACAGAAAGAGAAAGUGCUUCCAUGACUCAUUCUUCUCCUGCGAGCCUGUGGGACAGAGAUGCAGGGUGAAUUCUCAACAGGAGAUUAUCAAUCCAUUACAGAUAUGCCCCAGGGAAUGCUGACGGGUGAGAAAACAACGUCGUGGAAGAGGUUCUACGUCUUCGUGGGGGGGAACACGAACAACGCUCAUGAAUCCUUUGUGAGGAGGAUUACAGCCUCCGGCCACACGGAGGUGGGCUCUUUCGAAGAAUGUGACUACUGUCUGGCUUUCUGUCCCAUCGCUUCUCGGGUCGGAACGGACGUCGAUUACGUCCUCAGACGCAUCCCGGCUGACAAGCCCACAGUCCUGGUGCUGAUGUACCACACCUUUCGCGGGGACUAUGUCGUGCCUGAGAGCGGGAGGCUGGUGGACGCCCGGAACGUCGGCCUCACAGUCAGCUGUCUGUUCCACGAGGGGGAGCUGCUCAAGUGCAGCUGCAACGACAUCGCCUGGUUUGACAUCCAGCGGUUCCUCGGACUCCCCCAGGGUUUCACAGGCACCAGAGGCAUCAUGACUUACAUUAAGAAUCACCCGGUGGCGGUGGGUGUAUUCGCCUUGGCGGUGGUACUGGUGAUCACCGUGAUCGUCAUUGCAACCCAAGUGACCAAAAACAAAGAAGGAGAGUAACGGGGACGGCUGUCGCCGACACGUACGCCGAGAAGGAAUGUCACCGGCAGGAUAUCUACAAACAGUUGUGACGGAUUAUGACUCUCGAUGCGGCAAAACGAAUGUGCCCCGUCAUGCACGUAUAAUCACCUGCAAUCACUUGAUAAGGCUAGCAUGGCUUUAUUGAUGUGACUUUGUUGUGGCGGAGAUGUUUCUGAUCAUAAAUAUUACAGUACAUAUGACAAUCUGGAGAUAAUGACCUUCAGCAAGUGAUUGAUGAAGACUUGACAUCACACUAUGUAUUGAUAAAAAUAAGACAACGUGAUGACUUUAUGGGGCGGCACGGUGGUGUAGUGGUGAGCGCCCUGGCCUCACAGGGAGAAGGUUCUGGGUUCGAGUCCCGGUUCACACUAACCAGGGCCUUUCUGUGUGGAGUUUGCAUGUUCUCCCCGUGUGUGCGUGGGUUCUCUCCGGGUUCUCCGGCUUCCUCCCACAGUCCAGAGACAUGAGAAUGGGGUCAGGUUCAUUGGAGACUCUAGAUUGACCGUAGGUGUGAAUGUGCCCAAUGUUAGCUGGGAUUGGCUCCAGCGACCCUCAAGUGUCUUGUCACCGUUAAACAAAUGCAAUGGUUUCCAUUUGAAAAUAAAGGUCAGAAGUCCCAGAAGGA